UUAACAUGUGAAUUAGUUCGAGUGGAAUAAAAGUUAUCGGUGGAUGCUGAUGCUCGUUUCACGCAAAAUUUGUGCAAUUCUUAAAAAAUUUAAUUUCACAAUCAUUUUAUAUCACUUCACAAAAAAAAAAGACCAAUUAUUUUAAAUUACCAUGAAAUUUUGACAGAUCGAAAGUUAGAAAUAAACCAAUAAAAACAAUUUCUUCUUCUAAUAAUCAUUUAAAGUGAUAUAUCGAAAUACUAACCAACAUUGAAGAGACAACUGUUUUUCUUUCUUCUGCGUUGGCCUUCUCUAAAUAAUAACUUUUAUUAAAUUUGAUUGGUCACAGUAAAGUUAAAAUUGAUUAAAGUCAUAUAAAAUACGAAUUGGCAACAUUUGUUUAAACGAAUCAAGGAAUAUUUAUCGUUUAUUUGAUAUAAUCAAAGAUUAAAUGAGAAUUGACGUUUUGAACUUAAUAUUUAUAACACGAUUGUACAUACCUCAGUUAUGUUUUUAUUAAGACGUUUUCAAAAGACGUGCUUAUGAAUACUAUCUUUUACUUUCACAUGUAUAAUUUUGGUAUACCUGACUAAUAAGAUGGUGUAGGAGUGGUAGCCCCUCUGAUCUAUUCGUGUACUACGUUUAUGGUAAAGUUCAAGUGAAUAAAUUCUGAAUAUGAUCGGCGAUUUUGCUAUUUUUUAAUAACAGAAUCGUAGAGAACAUGGAACUUAUAUUCUGUUGGUUUUCGACAAUAUCUAAUAUGAAAUUUAUCGAAUUAUUAUUUGCAAAAAUAUUUUCGAUUAAAGAUUAAAUACGAUAUGUUAUUGACUAUCUUUCGAUAAUAGUUACAGUACAAAAGAUAAUUUCUUAUGCUCGUGUUUUAAGCUUUUUUAAAAAAAAUGCCGUUAGCCUAAUUAUUGAGAACUACGAGAUUAAGAAAAAGAAAUUUAAUAAAUUAUUCUAUCUAAUAAAUAUCUUAUAUUAUCAAAAAAUAAUAUAGUGAAGUAAAACUCGUGAAGUUAAUUAUGAUUUCACAAAGAGAAGAACCUGUAUGGUCUAAUAUAGCUAUUCGUAUGUUUAUAAAUACAAUAUCCCAUCCAAUCGAAUAUGCAAAGGUUUUGAUACAGAUUGGUCAUGAACCUAUUUCACCACGUCCAACAGUGACAUUAUUUGGAAAAUCAGCAUUAGCUUUACCUAACGUUUUUCAAUAUGUUAGGUAUAUAAAAAAUGUUGAUGGAUUUAGUGGAUGUUAUCGGGGACUUGUACCCAAACUUUGUGCAUAUACUAUCAGUGCAGUAGCCUUUGAGAAAACUUCUGAAUGCAUUUCGUUCAGUGGUGAACCUGAUCAAAAUAUUGACGAUGAGGAAUUAUUAGAACCAGAAAGGCGUACUAAAUGUAUUCAUGAACUUAUACGGGAUUUACUUAGUAGAAUGGUGGGAAUCAUAGUAAGCCAUCCAUUAGAUGUAAUAAUGUUAAGAAUGAUGGCCCAAUUUGUAGGUGGUGAAAUGAAAUAUAAUGGAUUGAUUAGAUCGUUUAUAGAAGUAUACAAGGAGAAUGGAAUUACAGGAUAUUAUGCAGGAUUAGUACCACGCCUAAUUGCAAAUGCUGCAGUAUUAGUUCUUGUCAGUUCAUCAACUUAUGUCAUUAAUAAAUAUGUCAUUCGUGAUCAAGAAUUAAAGACUUAUACAGCUUCUACUAUGAAAUUUUUUGCAACAACCGUUACAUAUCCAUUUUUGGUAGUAUCUCAUUGCAUGGCAGUAAAUAACUGCGGAUUGGUUGCUGGUCUUCCUCCAAAUAUGCCAAUUUAUAAUAGUUGGUUGGAUUGCUGGUCUCAUUUAUCAAGUAUCAAUCAAUUGAAAAGAGGCAGUAGUCUUUUAUGGCGCUACUAUACAGAUCCUCAAGUAGUAAGUUUGAACUGUAAUUUACCUACUAAAGCUGCAAUAUGAAUGUGAAUAAUGAACAGAAUGCAUUUAUUAAUAAUAUAUUAUAUAUACUUAGUUUCUAAUUAGUAUUUAAUAAUUGAAAGUGAAUAUUACCAAAAUUAUUCUAUACUAUACAAUGUUGAUGUUGAAAUAUUUUAAUAAAAAGAAAAAGAAAGAACUAUAUUUAUAAAUAUUUAAUUUGUUUUCAAUGGUUAUAUAAAGGUUAAUUCCCUACAUAAUAUUUUGCUAUGCUCAAGUAAUAAAAUAAAUAAAUCAAAAAAUAUAUUUUAUUCACAAUAACAACUAAGAUACACCACUUGUUUUUUCGUCAAUCCUUCAACAAUACUAUUUUGACAUUAAUAUUACUGUAUGCAAUAAUUAUCUUAUAUUGUAAAGAUACAUAUUUAUUCCUUAAAUUUUCUUAAUGUUUUUGAGUAUAAUUAAUGUUAAGAAGUAUUAUGUUUGACCUUUUGUUACAUGAAAAAUAUAAAUGCAACUGUGUACUUAAAAUGUUGCUAAUAUGAAAAUUGUAAGCAUUGUAAAAUAUUAUAUAAUACACAUAUAACAGCUGAUAUUGAAAAAAUUACUUUAGAUAACAUAUUUUUUGAAGAAUUGGGCAAUCUUUAAGUGCUAUAUGCUUUAAAUAUCUGGUCCACUUAUGAUUUUUAUGCACUUUAUCGAUUUUAACUGUUGUUGAUAUAAAAAAAUUACAUUCGUCAUAAUUUACUUUAAUAUCGUUUGGUUUUCAAGUUCUGUUCUUUCUUUUUAAGUUCUGUUUUAGGAAUGUUAUAUUUACUGAUGGCAUUAUAGUUUUUCACUAUAAGUUAUUGAAGAUUUUGCAUUUUGCACUUUGAACAAUUAAAUAAGUCAUAUUGAUUGGAAAUACAUCAAAUAAAAAUAGAAGAUCAUUGGUCAUUUUAUUAUCUUUUUUAAAUAUAUUAAAUUUGCACAAUUAAUACAAUUUUUAUGAUAUUUGUAAUAGUUUAUACAUGUAUUUCAAAAAUUAUAAUGUCCAAUGAUCUUUUACUUUACCUAAUACUUGAUAUUAUAAUAUACAACUUGUACAGUUUUUGUUUCUUAAAAAUAUAUGAAUUUGCAUAUUUUAUAAUAUGAGAAUCUGCACUUUCUAAUUCUUUGAUUACAAUUUUUAUUUUUUAUAUAUGAGCUUGUUUUAUAAGAGAUAUAUCUGCGAAUGCAUUGUCAUACAAUUUUAUGGCAUUGGAUUAUCCAGAUUCAUACAACACGAUAAACAUUUAAUAUUUGAUCAACAAAUUUUACUUAUGCUAUUAAAUAUAACAACUAAUUGUUAUAAGAUCUGUUCAUGUAUUGGAAUGUUUAUAAACUAAAAAUAGAAGUGUAUAUCUUAGUUCAACACUCACAACAGCAAGUAUAUCAUUUCAUGUCUAAAUAGUAUAGAGGAAAUAUAAUACUAAACUGUCCAUUACUCACAUUCUUUAGUGAAGAUUUGAUGCAACUUUUUCAUUGUAUUUAACGACUUUCACAUAUCUUUAAGGAUACUAUUUAUUUACAAAAGUAUACUUCUUAUAGUGUAUGAAUAAUUGAAAAGAAAAACUUAGAUGUAAUCAAAUUUUAAUAAUCCUACGGCAGUAUAAUACUUAAUUUAAAACAGGAUUUUAUCCAUAAAUAUAUUAACUACUUCAUAAGAUUAUCUUAACUUAGAAAUAAAAAAGGUAGAUAAAAAUUUCAGAUCUAGCAUUAAAAUAUAAAUAUGAGAUAUAUAAAACAAUAGAUUUCAUGGAAUUAAAGAUAAAUUAAGUGUUUAUCAAUUUUAAAUCUGCAAAAAAAAAAAAAGACUGCUACUGCAAUGCUUGGUGCUUUUGCAUUGUUUAAAGCAAAAUAUGUUGUAUGAUACAUUAAGGUGAUAAAAUUACUAAAUUUAAGCAUUAAAAAUAAAUUAAUGGUACAUUUCUUUCUAUUAUAAUCAUUGUUACAGCAGCAUACUUUCUUACUUAAAGUUACUAGAUGCAAAUAAAUAAAUAAUAUUUGAUCUACUAUGAUUAAGUUAGACACAAACUUUUCGUUUUUUCUAUUAAUUACUUGUUUUUAACUUGUUAGCUGCUUUCUGCAUAUUAUCUUUCUGAUUAUUAUCAAUAGUACUCAACUGAAUGUUGUGAACAAUAUAAUAUUUGGAAUGCAAAUGAAAUGAAAAUUCUGAAUGCUAAUAAAGCAAGGAAUAUCAUUUUCAUAGUGCUAGGAACAUAGUAAUUAUAUAUUAAUUUUUCAUUGCUUCAUAUUUAUACUUCAUUGUCUUUUGUCAUUGUCAAUGAAGAUUAAUUAAUUUUAAAACUAAGUUUUAAUUAAACUUUUUUAAUUGAUAAAUUGAUUAGAUGUACCAUGUAAUAUUAUAAUU